AGCGAGGGGCGCGGGGCGGGGCGUCCUGGGAAGAGAGAGUGGACGAGGUGCGGAAAGUCCGCGUUCCAGAGAUCCUCCUGUGCUUUGAGGCCGAGGUUAGAGUCCUGGGAUCCCGGCAGGUCUCUGCUGCUUUUGCCACCCAGGCCCGCUCCGAGCGCCAUGGCCCAGCCACCGGCCGACGUCAGCGAGGACGACUGUCUCCCGGAGUACCGCCACCUCUUCCAUCCGGACUUGCUCCAGGACAAGGUGGCUUUCAUCACGGGUGGUGGCUCUGGAAUUGGGUUCCGGAUUGCUGAGAUUUUCAUGCGGCACGGCUGUCACACAGUCAUCGCCAGCAGAAGUCUUCCCAGAGUAUCGAUGGCUGCCAGAAAGCUGGCCGCUGCCACCGGCCAGAGGUGCCUCCCUCUGUCUCUGGACGUCCGAGCUCCCCUGGCCAUCGCGGCAGCUGUAGAGCAGGCCCUGAAGGAGUUCGGGAAGAUCGACAUUCUCAUCAACUGUGCAGCCGGCAACUUCCUGUGCCCGGCCAGUGCCUUGUCCUCCAACGCCUUCAAGACUGUGAUGCACAUCGACACCUUGGGCACCUUCAACGUGUCUCGCGUGCUCUACGAGAAGUUCUUCCGGGACCAUGGAGGGGUGAUCGUGAACAUCACUGCAACCCUGGGCACCCGGGGGCAGGUGCUCCAAGUGCACGCAGGCUCUGCCAAGGCGGCCGUGGAUGCAAUGACGCGGCACCUGGCUGUGGAGUGGGGCCCCCAGAACAUCCGCGUCAACAGCCUUGCCCCUGGCCCCAUCAGUGGCACGGAGGGGUUGCGGCGUCUGGGUGCCCCGCAGGCCGGCCUGAGGGCGAAGGUCCUGGCCAGCCCCCUGCAGAGGCUGGGGAACAAGACAGAAAUCGCCCACAGCGCCCUCUUCCUGGCCAGCCCGCUGGCGUCCUUCGUGACGGGAGCCCUGCUGGUGGUUGACGGAGGGGCCUGGCUAACGUUCCCUAAUGACGUCCAGUCGCUGGCAGAUUUCUCACCCUCCUCUAAGCUUUAGGCAGUGGACAGCGCGCUGCAGGGGACUGGUCCACAGCCCAUUCUCAGACCACAGACCUGCCACCCGCCCACCUGCCCAGCCUGAGCGGCAGACCCAGCAGUCCCAGCCAAGCAUCUGAAGAGAGACUGGCCCUUCCUCUAGGAGCGGUGCUGCGCCCACGCGCCCUCCCCCCGGCCCUGUCUGUGCGCAGGGAGUGGGGGGCAGUGACCAGGCAGGGACCUGCCCAUACACACUCGGGCGGCCUGUGCUCCAGCACCUGGCCAGGCCCCCGGAGUGUGCCCCGGGCCAACCCAGGGUCAGCGCUUCCCUGCCUGCCCAGCCCCCACCCAGGCUGGGCUUUCUCUCCUGCCUGUGUCCAGGGGGUGCCUCCAGGUGGCUCCCGUGGCCUGGAUGGAGAAAAGAAGGUGUUUCAGACUGUCUUCUCCUGCUCUCCCACUCUGAGACCUUUGCUUGACUGAAAUCCAGACCGGGAAGGCUGGAGGAGUGUGUCUAAGAGCUGCCCCCAGGCCUGUGUCCUGCGUGCUCUCCCCCGGGUGUGUGUGCUGCAGACAGGACCUCUGCCGGCGCAGGUCGGGGUGCUCCCACCUGCCCUGGAGAGGACUUAGCCCUUGGUCGUUGGGGGCUCACUCUCUGGACCCUCCAGGAGGCCUGGCCCCAUUCUCACCCUCACUCAGGCCCAGGGGGAGGGGGAUCUCUGGACCCUCAAUUGUUCCCCAGUGACACACAUUCAGGCCAAGCCCUUAAGGGGGCCACUUGGAUCCUGGGCUUGUUGUCUGUGCUGUUAAAAGCUUCAGCGUACUUAGCUGUUGGUCUGCCCUCUGGCCGGACAGGUGGCUCACUGCCCUCCUCCGCACCCCCUCCCAUAUCAUCCAUUUGCAUAAGCACAGUUUCUAGAGUUUUGCCAGAAAAUGCAUUUCCUUAAAAAAUAAACAUCUUACUAUAAAAUUA